UUCGAGCUCCAUGUCUUUCGUGCCUGGCUUCAAGCGCCAGCACUGCAACGCCUUUCAGUUGGUGUUCCGGUUUCGGGUUGUGCUGUUCGUUGCCUUUUCCUCCUAAAUAACAAACGUGUCGUUUUCUCAUCCAUCUACAUACAUACACAUAAACAUACAUACAAAUGUACAUACAUACGCAUGCACAUAUAAACAUAUAUCAGCAUAUACAAACGUUGUAAUGCAAAGGGAUGUUGAAGCGAAAAAAAAAUAUUGAAACAGUAAAUAUGGACAUUGAAAAGUGAAAGAAAACAUUUAUUGUUGCAAAAAAAAAAAAUUAUAAACAUAUGUGUGUGUUACUGUAUCAAAUAAUUUAAAUAAUAGUGUUGUGGAAAAUACUUCUGUAUGCAGCAGGUGAAGAGAAAAACAAUAAAACAGCAAAGACUUUGGUUUAGUAAAAUUCAUGGACUUUCGAAUAUAUCAAACGAGAUUGCGAACUUUUUUUCAAAAUUCGGAGCUGAAAGUGAUUUAUUUGGGUGCACACGAACAGGCAACGGACAUGAGGCGGGCACAGAGUGACCAUAGGACACGCACCUGUGAGUAGAUGAAGGAGAGAGAUAGCAAAGUAACAAAUAAAAACUUAGAUAAAACAACAAAAGCUCGAGGAAAAAGGAGGAAAAUGCACGAAAUUAAAGGCGGUGGAAGGAAUGUGAAUGAAAAACAGUGAUGAAGGUGUUAAAAAAAAAACAAAGAGGGAUAAUUUUGAUUCAGAAAAAUUAACGAAAGCGUAGUGCAAUUCAGUGAGUAAACUAAAACAAUUGCGGUGUGUGAUAGAAAGUUUAAAGUAAAACUGAAAGCAGCUAAAAAUGCUGACGAUAAAAACUAUAUAACAAGAUUUAAAGUAUUGUUGGGAAUUGGCAUAUAAAAAACCGCAGCAACACGCCGAACAGCAACAACGUUUAUGUUAAAAAAAAAAAUUGCGAACUUUAAAAAAUUUAAAUUAAUAACGAAAACGACGAAAAUAUAAAAAAUAAUAAAAUAUUGAAACACACAUUUGUAAUUCUGUGUAUAUUAUUUGCAAAAAUAAGUGUAAAAUGCGGCUACAAACCGCGCUCCAAAAAAAAAUCGCUUAAAUUAAACUAAUCAGAAAGCACGAAUAUUGAAACUCUGCGAAAAAACGACAAAAUUCAAUUAAUUUCUAUUAUAUAGAAACGAUUGGCCGCGCAAACUGAAAAUAAAAUUACUGAAAAAAGCUAAAUUAAUUAAAAACAGCAAGUGUCAUUUGCAGCUAACGCCUGCGCUGCGUCGACGUUUUCAUUUAAUGGCGAUUACAUAAGAUCAAAGUAGUUAAAUUAAACAAAUAUUAUGCAAAGUAAAGUCUAAACAAAUUGUAGUUGUAAUUUGGCAAAAAAUCACGCACACAUUCAUAAAAGUAAAUAUUAGCAUAACGGUAUAAAUAAUUAGAAAAUAAUUAAUGUCAAAUUUCAUACAAAACUAGCCUUUAAAUAGCUGUAAAUUAGUUCACUUUAACAGCCAACAAAAUUAGCAAAAAUAUUUCAGCAAAUACAUACAAACCAAAAAAUCAUAAGCAAAUCACUUACAUAACAAAUUUUGUGUAAUUCAGCGCAUUUAAAGUAAACACAAUAUUUACAUUGGUGAUUGUGAACUGAAAUUAAUUGAUAGCGAAUAAAUUAAUAACAGCAAAAAUCAGAAAUUAAAUAACACUUAAAAAAGCAAAUACAAAAACAUAAAAAAAAUAAAAGAACAAAAAAAAUUAUAAUAGAAAAAACUUCUCAAUGUCCUUCUAUGGAAAUCCUCGCAUUUAAAGUUUAAUAUCAAAUAUUUGCUUAGGCGCUCAUUAAACGAAAAAGUAAUUGUAUAAAAAAUCGUGUAACUGAAAAAAAACUCGUUCAAUAAUUGCAUUAAUAUUAACAUAAUAUAAUAUUGCAUAGAUUUUAGGAUUAUAUUGAAAUAUGAUUGUCUCUUACAAAUAACGGUGUUGUGUAAAUUACGGUUAGAGUGUAUUAAAUAGCAACUGGACUUUUGAAGAUUUUGAAGCUGAGCAGCUAGCACGCACAGAACACUAGAAGAGUUUACACCCAUUGCAGUUCCCCAUGGUACAGAUCACUGCCAUAACUAAUCAAUAAUUGCAUUAAUAUUAAACAGAAAAUAUCCAAAGAGUACUAAAAUAAGUCAUCAUAAUAACCAAACCCACACCUAAUCCAAAACAAAAAUAAAAAAAUUGAAAACAGCCAUCAACAUUCCUAAAACAAAAAUUUAAUAGAUAACCACUGAUUGCAAUUUCAAGUAAUAAACUGGAUCAUUGGUAUUUUUAAGUCUAAACGUCAAGAGUAAUCUACACUUGCAACAGCACAAAUUAGUUAUAAGCAAACAUGUGGAAACCUACACUGUAAGCAGGAGCGGCAACAUAACACUCUUGGGUUGUAAUUGAAGUAAACAAAAAAGGAACUCCGAAGAAAAUAUAACAAAAUAGAGCUAAGCAUAAUUUACUAAAAAUGCAUUCGAAAUAUAAGUAAAAAAACUGAGAGUGGAGAAAAUAAAAAAAAUAUUUCAAUACUAGCCAUAAAACUUAGGCAGCUAUAAACAGUACCAUAGUGUACCAAAUACAGCAAUAACGCGAAUAUUAUUUUAUGCAGCACUGAGGCACGCGCACCAAAGCACUGAAGCUGCAACCAAAAGUGAAAGCUUAUUUUGCGACAACAUCAAAGCUCUGUAACUAACUGCAAGGAAGUAGAUCAGCGAUAAAUCUUCGCAAAUGCGAAAAAAUGGUGUCGAUCGACGACGAGGACGAUCACAAACGCCAUCAUGUGAGUAGAUACUGCAAAAGUGCAGCGCUGCAAGAGCUAAGAGCAGGAACCCGUGAAAGCGUGAAACCUAGAAUUAGGAAAAGUAGCAGCAGUAGCAGCAACAGCAAACGCAAUAUCACUUAUUUACAUUUUUUACGCAAAACUCGUAGAAAAAGCAACAAGCACAGCUUUAAAGCAACCUCGCCUACCACAAACGUACGAGAAUGGCAAGCACUAAGCGCAUAUUGGCAAAAGCUGCUGGCCACGCAUAAGAAAAGCUACGGUGUGGCCACACAUGUGUAUGCGCCAAGCUUUCACCAUACUAAAAGUUUAGAAAACUUGCAUUUAAGUGAAAGCUCUGCCGCAAAAUGCAAAAGCAAUACAUGUACAUGGAACAAUCAUUUGAGCUUUGGAGACGCGAAGGCCAGUUGUGAAAUGAAGCGAGUAUGUGGCAACGUGCGCAGCAAGAGUGAGUCGCGCUUAAGCAGUAAAAGUUACAGCACUUCGCGGCCUGCAUCGAGUUGUAGUGGUGAAAUUGGAAACCCAGCAAAAGCUGAACGAAAGCACAGUAGCAAUCGGAGUAGCAAAAAUUGUUACAAUGCUGGCAAUAAGCGUAGCAGAAGCGACUGGCCUGACAAGAACAACAACUAUAUAAUUAUAAGCAAUAACCAAGAACCAAAUGGCAGCUAUCUUAGAAGGCCGCAAUCAACUGAAAGACUGUGCACACGCAAAAAAAGACGCUUGCGGCGGCGUCGAAAAAGAAAGGACUCUCAUAGUGCAGAAAACCUAAUUCAUUGUCUAGACGCAUCUAGCAAGCAACAGCGAGCAAACACAUCUUCAUCAACGGUAUCAACACCUAAUGCACAACAGGAGUCAUACAAAACUUCAACUGAUUCACACGCACAACCAGCAAUAAUGGCAACCGACACAGCGCCAAUAUCAGCAACUACACAACCCAACAUGCUCAAGAGUAUGUCAACAACAGCAGAGUUGUCGACGAUGACACGCACAACUGCUGCGCAAAAGUAUAUGUCAUCAGCUAGUGAGACACUUCCAAAACUUAGCGAUUCUCUUAAGUACCGCAAUAAAAGUUGCUGUAGCGGCAAUGCGACUCAUGUGCAACAACAAGCAAAGAAUGGUAAUAAAAGUGCAACAAAAAACGUUACGCCGUCAUCUUCAUCGGCUACGCUCGCUGCAACGCCUGCUAUACGCUUGCCGGCAUUUUACGUAGCCACCACGUUGCGCCUGUUCUUAACCACAUUGACAACACUGAUUGCCAGCACAACACCCACAACGUUCACAGCCACAAAAUCAUCAUGGAUAUUUUUAUGGAUAUAUGUGAAUUUAACUGCUAGAGUUGGUCUAGCAGGAUAUCAUGAAAAGAGACUGCUACAUGAUCUAUUAGAUCCUUAUAAUACUCUAGAGCGUCCGGUUUUAAAUGAGUCGGAUCCAUUACAAUUAAGUUUUGGUUUAACUUUAAUGCAAAUAAUCGAUGUGGAUGAGAAGAAUCAGUUGCUUGUCACGAAUGUUUGGCUGAAACUGGAGUGGAAUGACAUGAAUCUCCGUUGGAAUACAUCCGAUUAUGGCGGCGUUAAAGAUUUACGCAUACCGCCGCAUCGGAUAUGGAAACCGGAUGUGCUGAUGUACAACAGCGCUGACGAGGGUUUCGAUGGCACAUAUCAAACGAAUGUGGUGGUACGCAAUAACGGUUCGUGCUUAUAUGUGCCGCCGGGUAUAUUCAAGUCUACAUGCAAAAUCGACAUCACGUGGUUUCCGUUCGAUGAUCAGCGCUGCGAAAUGAAAUUCGGCAGUUGGACAUACGAUGGAUUUCAGCUGGACUUGCAAUUACAAGAUGAAACUGGCGGUGAUAUCAGCAGUUACGUGCUCAACGGCGAGUGGGAACUAUUGGGUGUUCCUGGCAAGCGUAACGAGAUCUACUACAACUGCUGUCCCGAACCAUACAUCGACAUCACCUUUGCGAUCAUUAUUCGCCGACGCACAUUGUACUAUUUUUUUAAUUUGAUCAUACCGUGCGUGCUGAUCGCAUCGAUGGCGCUGCUGGGCUUCACGCUGCCACCGGAUUCGGGAGAAAAACUAUCGUUGGGUGUUACUAUUCUGCUCUCGCUCACCGUCUUCCUCAACAUGGUGGCUGAAACAAUGCCCGCCACAUCCGAUGCCGUGCCACUCUUAGGUACAUAUUUCAAUUGCAUAAUGUUUAUGGUAGCUUCAUCCGUUGUGUCAACGAUUUUAAUAUUAAAUUAUCAUCAUCGAAAUGCUGAUACGCACGAAAUGUCCGAAUGGAUACGCAUCGUAUUUUUAUGUUGGCUGCCAUGGAUUCUGCGCAUGAGUCGUCCUGGUAGACCACUGAUACUGGAAUUCCCCACGACACCGUGCUCGGACACAUCAUCGGAACGGAAGCAUCAGAUAUUGUCCGAUGUUGAACUGAAGGAGCGCUCCUCGAAAUCGCUGCUCGCCAACGUGCUCGACAUCGACGAUGAUUUCCGACACAACUGCCGACCGAUGACGCCCGGCGGCACUUUACCGCACAAUCCCGCUUUCUAUCGCACCGUUUAUGGUCAAGGCGAUGACGGCAGCAUCGGCCCGAUCGGUAGCACCCGCAUGCCGGAUGCCGUUACGCAUCACACGUGCAUCAAAUCAGCAACGGAAUAUGAACUAGGUUUAAUUUUGAAGGAAAUUCGCUUUAUAACCGAUCAGCUACGCAAAGAAGACGAAGAAAAUGACAUUGCCAAUGAUUGGAAAUUCGCAGCUAUGGUCGUUGACAGACUGUGCCUUAUCAUAUUCACAAUGUUCACAAUAUUAGCCACAAUAGCUGUACUACUAUCAGCACCACAUAUUAUUGUCUCGUAGCCAUAUGAGCGAGGUUAUUGUUAUUGGUUUUAUUAUAAAAUCAAUUUGUUAAUUAUUAAAUUAAUAACGAAAAUUUUUAAGUAAACUUUAAAAUUUAAAACCAAAAAAAAAACGUAAAAAUUUAAACACACAAACAAACGGAAAAAUUUUAACACAACCAAAGACGCACAAAUACACGCACAUAACUACUCAAAUAAACAAACAAAAACAACAAACACUGGGAUGUAUGCAAACGCAUUUUGUACACAACAACAACAACACAAUGUCACCAAACACAGAUACAAAUAUGGCGAAGCGAAAAUCAGUUUCGGGCAAGAAAACACAAGAAGCGAAAAACAAACACAAUUAAAGCAGCGUUCCAGCUACACACACAUUUACAUGAAACAAAACAAAAAAACUAAUAAAACCUAAAAAAAAAACAACAGCAAAAACGCUCACCUUCAACAAUCAAUCACUCCAACGCACAGACCUGCAGACAUACACUUACAGAAAUACACUGGCAAAAAAAUCGGAAAAUCUAAAUAAAACUGUUUAAUCUAUGCAACAAGUUUAAACAAACAAAAAAAUCGUAAAAAACAACUAAAAAGAAAAUAAAACACAAAUAUCGUAAUAUAUUUAAAACCAAUUUAUAAAAAAUACUUUAGUUAAAUUGUUAGUAUUUGAACAAAAAAAUCUUUUUCUCUUCCUAAACAAAAACUUAGCGCGUAAAUAGAUUUUUUAAUUCCAAACUGAAAAUAUAAAACGAAACUUUAAACUAAUUUCACCAACUAAAUACAAACGCUGCUAAGUUUAGAGUGUAGAGAGUUUAAUAGAAAGCAGUUGGAUAGGUAGAAACGAAACCUAAGCCCCGAGAAAAGUUUAUAAGCAAUGAUUACUUGAUUAGUUAGACUUUAGUUAUUUUCCCAGAAUACCUAUUUUCCCUAAAUACCUGCAUAGAAACGUUUUUUAAGUAAGAAAGCUUUCUCAAAAUAAUACGCUAUUAUUAAAAACUUUCCCAAAAGAGUUAGCUUUUAUCUAGAGCUUUCACAAAAACCUCAAAAACUCAAUGAAUACUUUAAUUAAAUAUUUUUUCAUACAUUUUAAAUAAGAAAGCUUUCACAAAGGAGUAAACUUUCAUCAAGAGUUAUCAUAAAAAAAUCAACAACUCAAUGUAUUACUCAAUUGAUUACCAUUUGACACAUAACCACUGUCUCAAACUACAAUCUCAACCAUAACCUUCCUUAUAAGACAAGCAUAAUAAAUUUAGAAUUGAUAUUUCUUAUAUAAAGUCCAAAAAUACUCGCAGACAUAAACAAACUGAGGUGUUUUAAAGCAUGUAAUAAUCCUAGUACCUAUCGAACACACUUUUUAACUGGCGUCUUAACUUUUCACGUCAAACUGUGAGUGUAAGCAAUGUGGACGAUUUGAAAAGCGAAAAACAAAAAUAAUGUGUAAUUCACUUCUAGCUAUGAAGCAGCUUUUUGUAUAUAGGAAAUACAUACAAUAUAAAUAUACACUGAUCAUUUAUGCAGUGAGCAUAAAUCGGCAAGAGUUCACCAUAACAGUAAAUAGGAUUCAUAUUAAUAUUACUUAUAUAUAGAUACAUAAAUCAACUUCACAAUAGGAAUCAUUAUGAAAUUAAUGAAAUCUGAGAGAUGUCAUAAACUCCUUUCCAAACCAUUUGCAUGACAACUGGGCUCCAAUAGGUAAAUUUACAAACAUAAUUACAUACAACCACUUAAUUAAGAUAAAUAAUAGUUGCAUAAGGCUCAUACACAUAUUUAAAUCUCAGCAGAUUUUAUAAUAGUAAAGUAAAUCGAUGUCAUAGCAGAUAGUUGAAAUGAGAUUUUCAUGUCAUUAGUUAGAAAGGAUUACAAAAUUAUAAAAUUUCGUUACAAAAUUCAAUUUAAUUUAUUAUUUACUUUGACAUUUCACAAAGGUUUCCAUUAAACAAGAGAACAAAUAAACGUGUAUUGUAUGCAAAUUAUCGCACGCGUGAAAAUGUGAAAAUGAAACUAAAAUCUAAACGAAGUAAGCAAGAGCAGACGCAUGCAUUGAUAUGCCUAAAUAAAAAGCCGUUAAAACUGCCAAUUAUUUAUAAUAAACAAAAACAACUAAUAACUCUAGCGUGUAGUAUUAAAAUAUUUAUCGCAUGCGAUAUUUUGCAAAACAAUUACGACAUAAAAAAAUAAACUCCAGCAAAUAAAAUAAAAAAUCCUCUCCAAACACCUUAAACAAGCGUACAAAACCAAUAUAAAUAACCCAAAAACUGGGAAAUUUUGCAAUGAAAAACUAAUAAUGAACAUGAAAAAUGCGGGAAAAAUGUCAUGCGCGAAAUUUGCGUUCAAAUAAGUUGAAGUAAGCUAACAACACCUCAAAAGGCUCAUAAAACACACGACGCGUCACCAUAUAUGUAUGUGGUUGCGCUGGCGCGUGUGUGUGGACUCGAAAUGCGGGAUCCCGUAGAGAAUUGAUACAAAACAGCAUGCACUGCAAGAAAUGGUUGCGAGCAAUAAUAUCUGCGUGUUGAUGACGGCAAAAUGUAUAUCCUAUGAAAUGCGUUAUGAUCGAGCGAUUUAUUGUUUGGCGGCGGUUGGGUGCGCUAUAUGCAUUCGUAUAUAUAAUAUAUAUGUAUAUGUAUGUAAGCAACCAACUUGAUGUCGCAGGUGGGGGCACUUAACAAUGCAUUUGUUUGGUAUAGGGCUGCUUAUGUGAUAAAGUUUUCCAAAUUAAAAUAAGAGCAAAUUUGUUGAUUUUUGUGAGUUCUAUGGGAUUCAAAGCAAAGAAAUUCAUGUAGAAGUUCUUUGAUGAGUUAUAAAUCUUCUGUUUUUAUAAAUGUAAGUUUUUUAGUUUUUAAAAAAAGUUUGCGAAAUGAUUAAAGUGUCAGCUCUUAAAUCCUUGGAUAUAUCUCUUACAUAUAAUUGCUGCUGGUAUUUCAACAUUCAAUCGCGCGUUUAGGCUACAUCUCUUGCGCAAAAAUUAUUGAAAUCUGAUGUAUGCAAAGUUCUUUUAAUUCUCCACAAAUCACUGAAUCUUACUUCUACAUUAAAAUCAGCAAAUGUUGCGUAUGCUAAAAUAGCGUAGGAACCGAACAAAAAAUCGCUCGUUCAUCUCAAAGUACAGCAAAUAAAUUUAAAAAGAAUUUGGAGAACCAUACCUACGUUAGUAGUUUUAAUUUCUUAUAUUGCAUAACAAAUAAUCAACACAAAUCCAGUCACUUACACAAGCGGUAAUUCAUAAGCUACAAAAUUGCUUCAGUAAGCAGAUUUCACCGGUGCAAAGCUAUUAUCGACUGUUAAAAAACCACAAAUACACAAGCAAAACCACUGACUGAACAGUAACGGCUUUACACGCACUACAUUUGGCUGAAGCUUUUUCGCUUACACAUGGCGCUAUAGAAGUUUUUGUCGCAAGCUUCGUUAGCCCAUGAAAGCUUUAGAGUAGCGGACACCAAAUGCAAUGAACUAAAGCUGUAACACAACUAAACUUUUUUGGCUUUAUUUUUUAAUCGUUGUUCUUUAGUUUAGUAUGGUUAUUCUGCUUCUAUUUGUAAAUCUUGUGCAAUAGAUACAAUCAGAAUUUGCUUUGAAUAUAAAACAAUUAAUAUUACACAAAUAAAGUAAAAACAAAAAAUGGAAAUGUGAAAAAAACACACAAUAAAUUUUUAACCAAAAUACGAGUAGUACACUGAAAAAAGUAAUAGUAAUUGAUAUACCAGCUAUGUAAAGCAAGCAUAAAUCAGCUUAUUACUGUAAAACGGAUCAAGAGAAAUAGCAAAUAUUUCACAUGUACAUCAUAAAUCACAACUAAAAUAAAUAAUUUAACGAUAAAGCAUACAAGACGCAUAGAAAAUACGUGCAAUGGAAAACCACAAGCAAAUAGAAUUUGUGAAGCUACUAAAAACCAAAAGCCUCUCAAAGCAGUAAUACACUGAGAAAAAUAUAUUGCUGACAAAUGGAAAAUCAAUCCUUACACGCAUACUUACAGGCAUGCAUACCCCCGAGAAAUGAAUUUGCAAAAGUAGUUAUUUAAAUAUAUAUACGAAGAUAUAGCAAAUAUUUCAUACACACAUACAUACAUACAGAUGUAUGUAAGUAAUUACAAUUUUAUACAAAUGUUAUUUGUAAUAUAUUAUCAAUGACUUCAUAAAUUUGAGCUCAAUGUAUAAGUAAUAUUUAUGGAAUUAAAGCAGUCAACUUCAAGUAAAAGCCACUUUCCACAAUUUUUAUAAAAAAUUUAUUUUCUAAAAAGUUUACUAUUUUUGAAAAAAUAUUACUGAAUCAAUUUUAUAUUUAUAUUGCAAAAUGCACCUAUGCAUUUAUAGCACGCGUACAGUAAGGAGCAAAAUUAUUCGAAAGUUGUGUACUUAUAACUGUACUAAAAUACAUGUAUCAAUCAUUAUGCAAAUUUUGAAUACGGUGGUUGCUUCACUCACCUUUCUUUUAAACUUUACUUUACUUACUUUAUCUUCACCUUUGGUUUUUUACUUUCAACAAAUAGAUUUUUUAGAUCAGUAAAGAGGUUUCCAGUUGCAUUAGGUACUGAGAGAUGGAAAAUCAAUCACGCGAGAACAAAUUUGCCCUAUUUAUUUAUGGUAAAGUGAGAGAGAAUUGCAAAGUAACAUACAAGCACAUUUGACGUUAAACAAAGAGUAAAUGAACAACUUCAAAGUACUGUAAUCUAAGCAAACUCUCGCAUAAUGCCUAUAAUGGUCACUGAUUUGAAAAUCGGUUUUAUAAAGCGUGUUCUUCUUCAACAUAUCAUUUUCAAGUAGAAAUAAAACGCAUAUAGAUUACGUUAUGGCCAAGAAUUUUUAUUUAUUAGAAAAACAAGAAUUUAACAUUAUGUUCGAAAAUUCAUUUAGGCAAGUGACCGCUUCGACUAGCUCAAAUAUAUUCCGAGAUAAUUCACCGACCAAAAGUUUUCUUCCAUAAAUUGAUUGUUUCGCUUCCUUAAUAGCAGGUAGCCCCGUUUUGAUGGAACCAUCAACUUCCUCUAAUUUAGGUACGACAAAGUCAUUAAUCAUGGCUCUAUAGCGUUCCCCAAUGACCGUAACAUUAUGGACGGCUUUAUUUUUAAAGAAAUAUGGAACAAUUAUUCCAACCAAACUAAGAUCCUUCCGUAAAUUCUCAUCAUAAAGUAGAUGAAAGUUCUAAUUGCUGCGCGCUAUGGUAGAUGGACUCAUUCGAGUCUUCUUCGAUAGUCUGCUGCACAGCAGCAAAGCGUCUUCGAUGCGCACUGUACGUCUCUAUUUAUGUCUCUGAGGAUGCGCAUUAUACACUAGAGUAAACUUGGUGCGAAACUGAUCCAUGGUGGCUCGAAUUACCGACUCCUCUGAGCGAUUAUGUCUGACCGAAUAUUACACCAUUAUUUUGGUAAUAAAUUUGCACAAUUUGCAAAUGUUGUUGCGGAAUUAAUCUGUUCGUUAUAAAAUGACAAACCAAACUGAGUAUAAAUAAAGUAACAGCUGUCAUAAAGGCCAACGCCGAAAAAAAGUAUUGAAAAGCAUACGUCAAAAAAAA